AUGGGGACAGAGGCCAUCCCAGGGGGGAAAGCGGGAACCACGUACAUAUUUGGACGCGAUGGAGGGCUCAUCACUUACACCUGGCCUCCGAACGACCGCCCCAGCACUCGGGCCGACCGGCUGGCCAUCGGCUUCAGCACUCACCUCAAGGAUGCUGUCCUGGUGCGUGUGGACAGCUCCUCUGGGCUCGGAGACUUCCUCAAACUUCACAUUGAAAAAGGGAACAUUGCAGUUGUAUUUAACGUGGGCACAGACGACAUAAACAUUGAGGAGACGUCUAAGUUUGUAAAUGAUGGAAAGUACCAUAUAGUGAAGUUUACCAGGAGUGGUGGUAAUGCCACUCUGCAGGUGGAUGACCUGUCAGUCAUAGAGCGCUACCCCACAGGCAACAAUGAUAACGAACGCCUGGCGAUUGCUAGACAGCGAAUCCCAUAUCGACUUGGUCGAGUAGUUGACGAAUGGCUACUCGACAAAGGGCGGCAGCUUACCAUCUUCAACAGUCAAACCACUAUUCAGAUCGGAGGCUGGGAACGAGACCGCAGCAGAUCGUUCCAGGGGCAGCUCUCGGGGCUCUAUUACAACGGCCUCAAAGUCUUCAACAUGGCAGCUGAAGGGGACCCCAAUAUCAAGAUCCAGGGCAGCGUGCGGCUAGUUGGAGAGUCGCCCUCCUCCAUCACUCCUCAAUCCAGCACCACGGCCAACCGCUCAGAGACCUCCACAUCCAUCAUGGAGAUCACCACGACAACUGCAUCCAACCACAGAGUCAAGCAGACCACGCCCCGGGAGCCACAGCAGACGACAGACGACCUGUUGGUGGCCUCGGCAGAGUGUCCCAGUGAUGAUGAGGACAUAGAUCCCUGUGAGCCAAGCUCAGGUGGGUUAGCCAACCCCACCGGUGCCAGCCCCAAAAGAUUCCCCGGAUCGGCUGAGGUCUUCCGCGAGUCCAGCAGCACAACAGGGAUGGUGGUGGGCAUUGUGGCAGCCGCGGCGCUCUGCAUCCUCAUCCUACUAUACGCCAUGUACAAGUAUCGCAACAGGGACGAGGGCUCUUAUCACGUAGACGAGAGCCGAAACUACAUUAGCAACUCGGCGCAGUCCAACGCCAACCCCACCGGUGCCAGCCCCAAAAGAUUCCCCGGAUCGGCUGAGGUCUUCCGCGAGUCCAGCAGCACAACAGGGAUGGUGGUGGGCAUUGUGGCAGCCGCCGCGCUCUGCAUCCUCAUCCUACUAUACGCCAUGUACAAGUAUCGCAACAGGGACGAGGGCUCUUAUCACGUAGACGAGAGCCGAAACUACAUUAGCAACUCGGCGCAGUCCAACGGUACGAUUGUCAAGGAAAAGCCUGUCAACACCGCAAAAACAUCGGGAAAGAACAAGAAAAAUAAAGAUAAGGAGUACUAUGUGUGA